AUGCCUGCGAUGCCGGCUCAUGUCGAUGUGAUGGCGCUCGAAGCGCGAGAAUGGCGUAAUACUGUAGGCCAAUCUGGGAUGACGCCAACAGCCUUUGCGUUCCUCAUUCCUGUCUUCUUCCUUGCUGUGGCAGCACCAUUUCUUUGCGUGUUCUGCAUGCGGAAAAGACGGCAGACACCGCUUGUAACUAGACCUGCCACUAAGGUGAAGAAACCUGCGCUGCGACGUGCGGAGGCGAGGGAACGGUUGAACGAGGUCACGGAAGUGUCGACUCUAGCGGCCAAGCCAGACGCAGAGCGUUCUGGUAAUACUGAGAAUGAGGCGAUGACAGAGAGCAGUUCCGUAAUGGAGCGAGAAUGUGCGAUAUGUCUCUCCGCUUUACACGCUCCCGCGCCGCCCGAGCCCGUGAAGCUCAGCGAUGCACCUAUUACCGAUGAAGCAGCGAGACCACCAUCAGUGAAGGAUGAAGCAACAGCAGACGAGCCUGAGACCAUUCUUAAGUUGCAAGUCUGUCAGCACGAGUUCCACGCUGAAUGCCUCGUCUCGUGGUUCGUGCUUCGCAAGACAAGUUGUCCAAUCUGUCGCGCAGUUUACUAUAGCAAAGAGGCCAUGCAAGCGCUUGACGAAGAGGAGGCGGCGCAACUCGCUGCUGUUGCACCGGCACCAACACCAGCGGAGCUAGAAGCACAGACUCCGGCACCAGAGAUCAGGAAUUGGCAAUAUUUUCUGUAUGGCCAUAGUGUGUGGCAUCGGGGAAGAAACGCAAAUGCGAACUCAGCCGCGGUGGAGAUGCAACCAACGCAGCCAUCGACAGAGGCAACGCAACCAUCGACAGAAGCACUACAGCCAUCAAUACAGGCUGCAACACAAGAGACAACACAACAAUGGUGUGAAGCUGUGCCCAUUGGCAAGAGCCCUAUGUACCGGUACCUGGUUAUCCGGAAAUGCUUGGCGGCGCAGUUUUGCCGAUCGGCUUUUCCGAGGGCAGUCAUGGAUAGUAGAAGCACCGCUCAGGGCUCACCCGAAAACGUGGAAAGUAAGGCGGAAACCAAGUGGACACCGGCCAACGCCCACGGUACUGCUACAAGCGGGCCCACGAGCGCAACACGACCGGAUGAGCCAGGCAGUCAGCAAUCACCACCAGCCAAGAGAAGAAGAGAGCAGAGAGAAAGGACACGAGUGAGCAGAGCGUGUGACCGGUGUAAAAGGAAGAAGACGAGAUGCAGCGGCAGAUGUCCAUGUGCCCUCUGCCAAAAAUCUGGUCUACCAUGCGAGUUCACAGCAUCGUAUACGCGAGGUAGACUCCCAUCAGUCAUUGUAGAUGAGACCCCCAUGACUGCAGAGAACGAUGGAUACAGAACUACAAAGUCGGUUGAGCCAUCGGGGCAUGAUUCACUUGCAAUUCCCACUCCAAGUCUUUCUUUCCAAUAUCCACGUAUUCAUCCAUCGCCUACUGUGGAUCAACCAGCAGUUUCCAAUACUACAGAAAGAGUCGAGGCCUCGGAUGGAUUUGCAACGCGAGAUCCACAAUCAAGAGGCUCGCCCGAACCGGCACAAGGCCAGACAGAUUCGCAAGGUCACUAUGUCGGCUCGUCAUCUGCAGCAUCCUUCCUGCUCAGGAUCCAGAAGCGUCUUCACCAAAACUCUUCUCUUUCCCACGACUCCAGCAUUUUCACUUUUGGCGAUGCACCACUACCAGAGUUUGAUCCUUCUUUCUUUGUACUCCCGCCAAAACCUGAUGCGCAGCGGCUAGUCGAGAGGUAUUUCGAUUAUGCAGCGCCGACUCACCGUUUCCUGCAUCGACCAAGCAUUGAAAAUCUCUUGGAAGAGUUUUAUGAGACACAGGGUGAAAUGCGAGGGCGUGAGGAUAGCAAGGCGAAGGCUGCAUUACUGAUGGUGGUGUUUGCGCAAGCACAAGCGUAUAUGCCACCUGGGAGCACCAUACAAGAAAACAGUGCACGAUAUUUCUUCGCCGCUGAACACCAGCUUUCCAAGGAACGUGGUGCCGUGCGAUUAGCAAGUGUACAAACACGGCUACUACAGUGCUUCUACCUUCUUACGCAAUCUCGCAUAAACCACUGUUGGAGUCUCUUUGGGACGUUGUCGCACCUCGCGUUUGCUAUAGGACUACAUCGUGGACGGAGGUACGACGUCUCAAGUAGAGGUAAGGUCGAUUACAUCGAGAUUGAGAGUCGUCGUCGGCUCUUCUGGUGCGCAUACUCCUUGGACAAGUAUCUAGCAGCUGCGCUGGGAAGACCACGCACGUUCAAGGAUGAGGACAUAGAUCAGGAGUUACCAACCAUCGUCAACGACAACGAUCUUCAUCCGACCCACAUGUCACCAACAUCUUCCAAGUCACAUUCCAUUAUGAUGGGCCCCGUGGAACACAUCAAGCUCACACGCAUAGUUUCUCUUGUGCUUCGCGAUCUUUACUCCAUUCGACCACCGAGCCUUACGCUUCGGGUAGAACUUUCUUCCAAGUACACUAAUGAUCUACACGCAUGGCGGCACUCCCUGUCUCGUUUCUUGUCAGAUCCAGCUGAUGGAGGGGGCAUUGAUGGACAUCUCCUGAUCCCCAUAUACCAGCGUCAACGGAGCGUACUGAAUUUGGCCUACUAUCACGCCAUAAUCUUGAUCCACCGACCUUUUCUGCUCCGCGACUUCGCAAGUUUGACGCAUAUGCCUACGAAUCCCGCAUGGGGAAAUAGUGCUGGUAUCGAUACGAGUACCAAUGUAACGACUUGUCUCGAGGCUGCCAUGAAUAUUGUUCGAGUCGUAGACGAUGUCUUCACAUCCUCUAACCUCUUCCGGUCAUUCUGGUUUACACAGUAUUACGCCUUCUGUGCAGUCGUUGUAUUAUACAUUUACCGUAUACAGCAACAUCUAAUCACACCAGGACGAUGUGAAAACUACUUUGCAGCAGGUCAAAAGUGUCAACGCCAACUAGAAAGCGUAAGCGGAACAGAUUGUCUUGCUCAGCGUUACUGUCUGGUUCUCGAAGAACUCCGUGUCGAGGCUUCGCGUACAAGUGGCCGGCUAUCCAAUGCUAGCGAGACACCGAUUCCGUUAGCUGCGGAUAACGCUCCGACAUCUGGUGAUGCUGCAUUGCAAGACACACUGCUUCCGGUCUCUACAACGCCACAGACGGACUCUGCGAGCCCCGGCAUGGGCGCUUUCUACAAUGCGACCAAUGUACCUCCGACACCCGAGAGUGCUGGUUUCAACUCCAAUUUUUUCGCAUCAAACAGCGUGAUGGCGGAUCUGACCAGCUGGGGUCAGUUCGACAGUCUAGUGACGGCAGGUAUCGGGAUGUUUGAUGCAGGUUUUCAAGGAGAUAGUGGAGCCAGCUUUGGCUUUGGGUUGUAA